GCUCUGCACCUACCCGCCAGGCAUACAGUAGGUCCUCAGUCAAUAAAGACUGACAAGAGGAAGGAAGAAACUAGCUGGGAUUGACUUUCCUGGGCCCUCCCUGCCCCAUAAGGCAGGCCCUAGGAGCCUCUGGCUGGGAAAGAAAGGAAGCGCCGUGGGGGACGUCAGCAGUUGCGGGUAUUAUUAGGAGCAUAGGGCAGAGCAUCCCUUCACGAAGUUGGCCCAUUCACAAGAACCCGCUACGAAGGCCGAGUCGUACAUAUUGCCCAGUUGGCUACGCAGGUGUGUGCUUGCUUUCGUGCACUUUCGAGGUGAGCAGGAGUGGGACCGAUGCCACGCCCACAAGGCCCGCCCCCCACCUCUGCUUCAGGGUAAAGAGGAAGCCUUAGGGUGUCUAUUGCACAUGUAGGCACUGACUGAAAAACAACUUUGCACCCUAUUUAUUGGGCAGAAAGCUCCACCUUCCCACGCUGCUCGUAGACGAUAUUUCUCCAGGCUGCAUGGGACGCUGUCCGCAUCUUACCAACCAGAGCAGGAGACUCCUGCAGGGCUGGAGCCUCUCAGAGCCUGGCCUUCGCAGCUGUUAAGUUCGCUUUGUCACUGCCCUCUGAGCGACUUCGGGCAAGUCGCUUAGCUCUCCACACCUCGGAUUUCUUGUCUGUUUAACUUGGGAGGGAGCCGACCCUUGAUGACGCUCAGCGCAGCGGCGGAGACCCGGGUGGCUCUGCGGCAGCGGAGUCCGCGGCGCGCGCCUCGGAACUUGGUCCGGAGCGCGGAGCUGGGACCCCGGAGGGAAGGUGCCCGGAGCUCCCUCUGCGGGAGCGCAUCGGCGGCGCUCCUCCUUUCUCCUCCACGUCACGGGGGCCGCUCGGAGUUCUCCCACCCAAAGCCGACGGAGAGCAACUCCCUCGUCUGGCGUGUCGCCGAAGUGGCGGAGGAGGAGGCAGGAGCAAGCCGCUGCCGCCGCGGCAGAGGGGCCGGGAGCCCGGAGCGCAGCUCGCGGCUCCCGCCGGAGCGGCCUCUGCAGCCGCGAGGACCCCGCGUUCGGGGCUGCCCCGCUGCCUUUCCACUGAAAAACCAGCCUUAAAUCAAGCUGCAAAAAUCUCCAAAAAAUCCAAGCCUGCUUUCCUCCUCCAAGAUGCCAUGAAACCUCUUUCAAUGUGAUGUUUUCCCUUAUGGAGGCAAGCAAGGAAGAAAGUGCCUGGUGCUAAUGGAGCUCCUCGUAUCUCAAGCUAACCUCCAUGAAUACUGGGCAGCACAGUUUCUAGCUGUAUCUCCCCAGAAUCAAGAGAGUGCCUGCCCGGCAUGGCACAUGUACUCACGCGGUAAACGUUUGAAUGGAUGGGCAACCAAUUGAAGGGGCAUAGAAGUAGGAUAUAUAAGACUCAAGAAUGAAGAUAUUCCGAUGCUGCUCUAAAUACCCGCUUCAGCAGAAAGUGUUCGUCCUGUUUUUAACCCUGUGGCUGCUGUCCUUGCUGAAGCUUCUAAACGUAGGAAGACUCCUCUUCCCUCAAAGAGACAUUUACUUGGUUGAGUACUCCCUAAGUACCUCCCUUUUUGUAAGGAACAGAUAUACCCAUGUUCAGGAUGAAGUCAGGUAUGAAGUUAACUGUUCGGGUGUCUAUGAACAGGAGCCUUUGGAAAUUGGCAAGACCCUGGAAAUAAGAAGAAGAGACAUCAUUGACUUGGAUGAUGAUGAUGUUGUGGCAGUGACCCACCAUUGUGACGUUUAUCAGACCCUAAGAAGGUACCAUCAGAAGUUUGUUUCAAGGGAGGAGAAAAGCUUCCCAAUAGCCUAUUCUUUGGUUGUUCACAAAGACGCAAUUAUGGUUGAAAGGCUAAUCCAUGCUAUAUACAACCAGCACAAUAUUUACUGCAUCCAUUAUGACCAGAAGUCACAUGACACCUUCAAAGUUGCCAUGAACAAUUUGGCGAAGUGCUUCUCCAAUAUUUUUAUCGCUUCCAAAUUAGAGACUGUACAAUAUGCACACAUUUCCAGGCUCCAAGCUGAUUUAAAUUGCUUGUCCGACCUUCUCAAGUCUUCAGUGCAGUGGAAAUAUGUUAUCAACUUGUGUGGGCAAGACUUUCCUUUGAAGUCAAACUUUGAAUUAGUGUCAGAGCUGAAGAAACUCAAUGGAGCAAAUAUGUUAGAGACAGUGAAACCCCCAAACAGUAAAAUGGAAAGAUUCACUUAUCACCAUGAACUCAGACAGGUGCCUUAUGAAUAUGUGAAGCUACCAGUAAGGACAAACAUCAUCAAAGAAGCUCCUCCUCAUAACAUUGAGAUAUUUGUUGGCAGUGCUUAUUUUGUUUUAAGUCGAGCAUUUGUUAAAUAUGUUUUCAACAACUCCCUUGUUAAAGACUUUUUUGCCUGGUCUGAAGAUACAUACUCCCCUGAUGAGCAUUUUUGGGCUACCUUAAUUCGGGUACCAGGAAUACCUGGGGAGAUUUCUCGGUCAGCCCAGGAUGUGUCUGACCUACAGAGUAAGACCCGCCUUGUCAAAUGGAAUUAUCAUGAAGGCCAUUUCUAUCCCAGUUGUACUGGCUCUCACCUCCGAAGUGUGUGUAUCUAUGGAGCAGCAGAAUUAAGGUGGCUUAUACAAGAUGGACAUUGGUUUGCUAAUAAAUUUGAUUCUAAGGUAGACCCUGUCUUGAUUAAAUGCUUGGCAGAAAAGCUUGAAGAACAACAGAGAGAGUGGAUCACUUUAUCUUCAGAAAAGUUAUUUACGGAUAAAAAUCUCACAAUUAUGUCAUGAUAAAAUCAUGAUAGAAAUAAGAUGUCUGAUAAAUGGAAUUAAUAUGGAAUUGUACAGUAUACCAUGUCCAGUACCAUCUGAAUUUAACCUUAUCCUAAUUUGAAAGGUAUCUGAAAUUCCAUGCACGAGGGAAAGUGACCUAGCCUUUGGUGACAGUUAACCUGCAGUUGGUUGGGUACUUUUGUUUGUUUUUGCCUGUAAUCUCACUGAGCUAAAUCAGAGAUCUUAAACAACCAUUUGGUAUUUAUUGAGCUCCUGCUGUAUGCCAGGCACUUUUUUAGAAAUGGUAGCAAUUAAAUCCAAGUUUUAAUGAGUUAUAUAGUGCCCUCAAGGGAUUGUGUUUUACCCUACUCAUGCAGCAAGCUUAAUGUCUUAAGUUCUCCAUAUAACAAUCAGGAUCCUACUGAAGACAUUUUGGAGUGUGUGAUAAUCACCCAUAUAAACCACCCAUUUCAGAAUAGCAUUUAAGUAUAGUGAUCAACACUCCACUCGUCUCUUAAUUCAACUCCCUGGACUUUUUCUAACUAUUUUUCUAGAAGGAGAGACUCCACUACCUCAGAAGAGCUCAAAAGAUUGUCCAAUCUCCUGUUUGUCAGAGUAUAAUUUACCUUUUGGUGACUCACUCAUUCAACUCAGGGUCGGGGAAACUCUGUGGGUGGGACAUUCAUAGUGUCUGAAUGUUAGGGAGUGGGCAGGAGGAUUGGGACAGGUGGUGCUUGAAGAGGAACAAAAGUAUUUAUAUGACUUUUGCAUCAUGUUACACAAUGGUGUCAUGAUGGCCUCCUUUUUAAUUCAACUGUUGCUUUAAAACACAUUUACUGAUUAAAAAUGAGAACUGUUUAAUAGUCAAGUUGUUAUACUCUAGAACAUUGAACCUAAGUCUUCCUGUUCAUAGAUUAUCAUUAUCUGUAAGUUUCUUUACAAUGGAAUUAGUAUAAUUCUGUUUUAUGGAACUACCAAGCUAAGAGUCUGAAUUUUCUUGAAAAGGUUAUGUGAAAUAUAACAACUUUCUAAAUAAAUUAUUAUGGUCAUUUAAAAUAUUUUCUUCUCCAACAACUGUCCAAGUUGAACCCAAACUUAAAAUUAUGAAAGCUCUAAGUUCACUGCAGUCUUCUUCUCAGCUUAGAUCCAGAGAGAAAAAGCUAAUUUUCUUAAGGACAUAGCAAGAAUAUUCAUUAAAGAUAUUUUGUAAAACCUACACCUCACAAAACUACCAAGCGAGUCAAAUAUACAUGUAUAUUUGUAACUGUGCUGUGCUGGAGGUGAAAUGGGACAGGAGCAGGGUUCUGAGAACAGGCUAUAACAUAUUUACAUCUCUUGGGAAAUCGUGGAACUCAUGUAAAAAUUUCUUCGUGGUCUUAUGUUUCAAUGUCAGCCUCAGUAACUAAAGAUGUAGUCAUCAUGGCCAGUGUGAGACUGUUUGGAAGACUGAAGUAUUUAAGCGUUUUUUUAAAAUGUCUGUGUUGUAAAUGUCUGUGAAAUGAACUUCGCUUGUUUUGGUUUUUUUUCUUU